ACAACAAAUUCUACUUUUCAUUCGUCUAAGGUGAAAUCGUGAUCAGAUCGUGUAAUCGAAUUCUACAAUAACUGAACUUCCAACAAAAAAUUCGGCAACAUCUUAGAAUAAUCCGUGAAUAAAUGCUAAAGAAAUGUUCACAGACUGAUCACGAUUGUCAUAAUUCCGGCGAAUCUACGUACACGUUGGUAGGCACCGUGGUACACAUUGUAGAAAGAAAAGUUAAUCGCCUGGGCCGGAAAGUACCGGCAGAUGUUCAGGAAGUUACCGCGCCACAACGAGAAGAAACCUUGUUCCCGUGGUAUCCUAACCAUCGCAUCGAUAAAACCUUUGUACGCGGACCUCUCCGAUGCUCCGAUCUGAUGGCUGCUCGCCUGAGUUUGUAGAAUCAGCUUGAUCCUCUCUAACGGCGCGGUCAUUGUCUUGAAUAUGAUCGACAGCACGCCGGAAACCAAGAAGGAAACGCCGAAAUUGGUCGGCAUGCUUAUCUGAACGCAUUGCCCGUCCAAUACGGGAUCGAUCGCUAAAUCGUCAUUGAUCGCGUGACUCUUUCUCGCCUUCAUUUUUCGCACGAUAAUCUCGAAGAGAUUUUCCGGUUUUCGUUGCUUGAUGCACGCGUCUCUUUCUUUCUCUAUGCAUAACAACAUUUCGAAUUCAGAACUACGUUCAGUUCAGACGCGGGAUCAUCGAUAAAGUUAUUGGCGGAUAUCGAUAACAUCGAAACGUUAUCGAUAUUUAACGUGUCGCAUCUUCGAACAAAAUUCUUUUCUCAUUGGUCAGAUCUGUAUUUACUAUACUAUGAUUACAAAUGCAAUUGCAUAGAGAAUGUGUGAUUCGAUACGGUUCGAUUUUUUCGAAACUUGCAAAAUAAAACGCAGAGACACGCGCCAAUUCCUCUCGUCACUCAUCGGUCGCCGCUCAUUUUCGGUGGUGGGGGAACUAACUAUGUAGCUGAAAGGAGAAAACAUACGGCCCGCGACGAAGAAGUUUGGUCGCCCUUAAUGUACACCGUUCCUAUUUACAAUGUCGUUGACACGAAUGUACGACGAGCGAUUGAAUACAAUUGAAUGCAGCAUUGUAGCACAGCGGAGCACAGCCGACUGAUAGACAGCUGACGUGUGCGUUUGACAGGCUGUCAUGACCGAGAACGGUAUAAGAGAGCGGCUCGAUACUUACAGACGUCAGAGACGCAGAAACGAAAUGACAGAGUCGAUUAAAAAUGCUAUACAAACUGUUCUGCCGUGGAACCAAAACUCCACCGUGAAAGAUCCGCUCCUGUCACCGCCGCCGGAGGAUGUGGAGGAUCUUCAGGAUGCGGAAAGCAGUUGUUCGGACGAUAGCCUAGACCAGCCUCAGUAUACGUUGCUGAGGAAAGCAAUGUAUCUACUCUGCUUCCUUUUAUGGGCAGUCUUAUAUACAAUUGCAAUCGAAGUUCAGUUCGGGGCUAUAUAUUUCAUUGUAUCCAUAUUAAUAUUUAUUUGGGUAAAUACUCACUCGAGGCCAAGAAAACCGGGCGAACUCAGCCCAUAUUCGGUUUUCAAUCCGCAAUGCAAAGCAAUCGAUGGGACUCUCAAUGCGGAACAGUUUGAAAGAGAAAUACGGUAUGGUCCAGGAAGCGUGCAUUAGCUUUCCUGUGAGCCUUACUUAUCGCAGGCAUCAUCUUUUUAUAUAUAUAUAUAUAUAUAUAUAUCUUGCAUACGAUUAUAUACAUGCCUGUGCAAUGUACGGUAAUACAUGAAUGGACAAUAGGAACUCAAACAUGUAAAAUUAAGCUAAGCAUAUGGGGAAGUAAGGCUAAGCGUUAGGCUAAAUAUGUUUUAGCAGAUUUUAGUGGUACUCCAAAGUUAUCGCAGUUAUUUAAAAGAAAAAAAACGAAUUUUAUACCUAGACUCUGUUUACUUUUGCAUUUUUUUCCUAUCUAUUUUGUAAUAAUUGAAUUGCUGCUUCGUAACAUUUCACCAUCUCCUUGAGAUACAUCAAACUUAUGUUAUACGGAUUGUGAUUUAGACUAAGAAACUCUGCCCAAUUAGUUUUAGACCGAAACUUUGUAUCAGGGCAGAAAAGGGUUCUAUCGAAGUCUAUCAUCAAAUCAUUCAAUAUUCUUGUAUCAAGCGUACUGCAACAUAAAAAAAGGAUAGAUUUUUUUGUGGCUUGCAGUAUUAAUAUUUAUAAAUAUAAUAGUUUUAUAUAAACUCUAAGAGUUGCGUACUUAGUGCUAUCAACCGCGUCAAUCCUUCCAUUUAGAGUAUCAACAUUAUUUAACAAUUCGACCGAAGUUUCCUGUAUUUUCUCUAAAAAAAAAUAUACAAUUUUAUUGAACAUUCA